AUGUUGUUACUGUAACAGGCGGUCUGGCGCAAGGUUUAAUUUGCUAUGUAGGAUAAUAUUCCUCAAAACAUGGCAAUAUAAGCGUCUGUUGCGAUAAUGUGUCAUUUCCCAUCUGGCAACUUCAUGUGCUGGGACUAUAAAAUAGAGAAGAAGGAGAAAGACGCCAUUCGAAUAAAAGAAGUGAAAGAAGGAAGAAGAAGAAGAAGAAGAAGAACUGCUGUCACGCUUGUCAGCAGUGCAGGGCUCGGUUUGGUGAACUCCUUAGGUUCAGGGGUGUCAGGUGGACAGUCCAGUACUCCAAACCUGAACCCGCCAAACCAGAUCGAUCCCAGCGCCAUAGAGAGGGCCUAUGCUGCCCUCGGCCUUACCUACCAGGGCAACCAGAUGCAACAGCAGCCUUCCCAGGCCAACAUGCCAAACCAGGGACUGCAAGGGCAACCUGGGAUGCAGAAUCUGAAUGCCAUGGGAGGAAACUCUAUUGGAGUGAAUGGUGGCGUGCAGGCCCCCAACCCUCAGACGUCCCUUCUGCCAGAUGCUAUGUUGCAAAACAGCAUCAACGCGCAGAGUUUGCUGAAUGAUGGUGUGGGGAACCUGGGCUCCAUGCCCACUGCGGCGCCUCCUUCUGCGGCCAUGAGGAAGUCCUGGCACGAAGACAUCACGCAAGACCUCCGCAACCACCUUGUGCACAAGCUGGUGCAAGCCAUCUUUCCCACUCCUGACCCCGCUGCCCUGAAGGACCGCAGGAUGGAAAAUCUGGUGGCGUAUGCUGGAAAAGUAGAGGGGGACAUGUACGAGUCCGCCAACAGUAGGGCGGAGUACUACCACCUCCUAGCAGAGAAGAUUUACAAGAUCCAAACGGAGCUUGGGGAGAAGAGGAGGACUCGUCUCCAAAAGCAGGGAAUGAUGCCUGGGCAACCUAGCUUGGCUUCACCUGGCUUCCCACAGAUACCACCUCCCAGCCUGGGUCAGCCUCCCAUGGCCCCGGGGCCACCUCCAAACGGUCCUCAUGCUGAUCCGUCCAUGAUCCGACCUGCUGGACCCAACAGGCUGCAGAACCCAGCAGGUGAGUGUCCUUGACGUGACACAGAGAAGAAAACCUCCGCCUAAUCCAAUGAAAGAAAAUGUUGAAUUGAUAUCAGACUUGGAGAAUUUAAGGCUUCAUCACUCCAUUAUUAUUGAACUAACUCUUGUUUUUCAAGAUGUGUUAAUGUGGACUCAGAUGUUCUUUGCCUCGUCCACUCAUUGCACACAAGUCUGCUAAUGUCUUUUUCCACUCCUAAAUAAAUAUUGUAAAUAAUGUAAAUAAUUCAAUGUGAUUAUCUUGUGUGAUGACUGUAUUAUGAUGAUAGUAUAUAUGAUAGUAUAUAUCUGUAUCAUGAAUCAAUUUAAGUGGACCCCGACUUAAACAAGUUGAAAAACUUAUUGGGGUGUUACCAUUUAGUGGUCAAUUGUACGGAAUAUGUACUUCACUGUGCAACCUACUAAUAAAAGUCUCAA